ACACCAGAGCCCCACUCCCGUAGUCCUGUGGCUGUACUCCACACAAGCCGUAAACGCAAUUUCGCACACGAAGUUCCAAACCCCGCCGGCCGCCGCGUCCGUUCCCCUUCCCCUUCCCUUUCCUCUCUCGGACCCCAAUGGCGUCGUCGUCGAAGGCGCCGUCAUCGCGCCGUUCCGUCUUCGACGCCGUCCACAUCCGCUCGGAGUUUUCCGCGGCCGGCAUCUCCGCCCACUUCAUCCCUCUCAUCUGGAAGUACGUACUUCAAAACCCUAGGUGCAGCGACCUGGAUGGCGUUCCGUCGCUGCCGGCGGCCGCGUACGCGCUCCUCCGGCAGAAGUUCCGGCCGACCACUUCGACGCUAACCGCUGCCGCGGACUCCAAGGACCGCACCACGACCAAGCUUCUCAUCUGCCUGCAGAAUGGGGAGUCUGUAGAAGCAGUGGUCAUGCGAUAUGACACACGGCUGGGGAAGUAUGAUGGAAAGCCUCGGCCUGGUGGAGUGCGGUCAACCCUCUGUGUGUCAUCACAGGUUGGGUGCAAGAUGGGCUGCAGAUUCUGUGCUACUGGAACAAUGGGCUUCAAAAGCAAUCUGUCUUCUGGAGAAAUUGUAGAGCAGCUGGUCCAUGCAUCUCGCUAUUCUCAGAUCCGAAAUGUUGUUUUCAUGGGAAUGGGGGAGCCGAUGAACAACUAUAAUGCUUUGGUUGAAGCAAUCGGAGUGUUUACUGGAUCUCCUUUUCAGCUUUCACCUAAGAGAAUUACUGUAUCUACUGUCGGAAUCAUUCAUGGAAUCAACAAAUUCAAUGGUGACCUUCCAAAGGUGAAUUUAGCAGUGUCAUUGCAUGCUCCUGACCAAGACAUUCGCUGUCAGAUAAUGCCUGCUGCACGUGCCUUUCCUUUAGGAAAGCUAAUGAAUGCCCUGCAGUCCUAUCAAAAUGAGAGUAAGCAGACCAUCUUCAUUGAGUAUAUUAUGCUUGAUGGAGUUAACGAUCAGGAGGAGCAUGCACAUCAGCUUGGUAAACUGCUUGAAACGUUUAAAGCGGUUGUAAAUCUAAUACCAUUCAAUCCAAUUGGGUCAUCAAGCAAUUUCAAGACAAGCAGUGACCAAAAUGUGAAGAACUUCCAAAAGGUUUUAAAAGGCAUCUACCGCAUCAGAACUACUAUUCGCCAGCAGAUGGGUCAGGACAUAGCUGGCGCUUGUGGCCAGUUGGUGGUUAGCCUCCCAGAUGAAAGAUCAGCUGGUGGAGCAACUCUUUUGUCAGACAUCGAAGACCUUCGGAUCUGACCUCUCCCCCAAUUGUUAAUUCUACCAUUUUCUCAAGAUCAGAUCCUCUUACUAAUUAGCCUCACAUGAUAUGGUAACUGGUGCUAUAGUUUCAAGUCAAGCUUUAAAACAUGAGAUGUUUAGUUUGACCAUUGUUGUGUUCCCCUUUUGUUCUGGGAUACACAAUUUUGCUGUACACAAUGGUGAAGACCCCUGCAGUUCUGCUCUUGUGGAUAGGUGGCCACUGAAACGGUUGGUAACUUGGUAUUGUAAAUGGGACAACCGGACAAUGUUAUCUCAACAAUGCCAUGGUGA